GAAAAAAAAUUGUAAGGUAGAAAUCGCCGAACCCAAUAUCGUUUGGUCGCGCGAGCUAAAGUUCUCUCUCCCUCUCCCACAGCCCCCAGUUACGACGCCGGAGCAAGAUCCAUGGAGUGGCCUCCGUUGAACGAGAUCGAUGCGAACGUCCAGAUGCAGAACCCUAAUGACGAAGCCAUGUUCGACGAAGCAACCAUGGUCGAUGAUGAUGAAGUAAUGGGCAAAUCUACUAAAGCAACCCUCAAACCAAAACCAAGUUGGUUCGAUGAUGAUGAUGAUGACUGCAUUGGGCAGAAUCCUAACGAUGAAGGUGAAGGUAUACAAAACGCGAUUGGAGACCCAAUGGCUCGACUCCAAUUGCGAAAAAAACGUAAUUACUGUGAAGUUUGUUGUGAGGAAGUUGAGGACCACAAGAGUUACAAUUGCCCGUACUUUGUUUUGGUCCCAAAGGGCGCUCGUGUUGGCGAACACUGUGAUAUAGUUUGCACAGAAUGUGGUGAGCAAGUUUCUAAGCACGAAGGUGAGCUUAAUGUGCACUAUGAAGGACGUGCUAUUUUGAAGUACUGUCAUCGGUGUCAGGAUUACCGUAGCCACUGGACUGAAGAAUGUGAGUCGAUGCGAAAAUAGUGAAAAUGUCCGAACCUUGUCUUGGUGAGUAACUUAGUGGUAAGUUUGUUGGGAGGACUGAGGUGCUGUUGGAUGAAGAUGAUUGGUUCUCGUAGUCGCAGGAAGAUCAAGUCCUUGUAGUUGUUAUGUUUACAAGUCUUGUAAGCGCAUCACUUUGGGUGUAAUGAAUCUAAUGAUAUUGUUAUUUACAGCAGAUGGUUCUGUUGUAUAUAUAAAGAAAGGCUACCCUACCUUGUUUA